CGUGGGUUCUCGCGUACAUUAUAGUGAAUGGGGUCGUUGAAAAAUAUGACAUGAAAUCGAGGUAAGUGAUCUCAGAGUUUCUACUUAACAUAUUGACUUGAAAUCUUGCAUACAUAUUCAAUAUACAUAGUAUGACAAGGUGUGAAAGUUUCAGCUAGCACAUUCCUGUUAUAGGGAAGAUAUUUGAACAACAUUUCGUAAACGUCAACAUAUAUGUAUCAAAUGGAUUCAACUAUGUAUCAUUUGGAUUCAGAAUGGUAACAAAUGGAUGCUAUAAUAAAUUAUGCUUUUAUCAUGAUGAUUUAUUUACAGAUGGACAACUGGCCAGAUUUUCUUUGUAUCCAUUGUUCGGAUAAACAUUCCUUAUUCAGUGAAGUAAUUAGCCACACCAUUACAAUACACCCUCAUGAAGAAUUGAAAAUUGAUAGAUUUUAUAUGGACCCGUCAACUGGAAAAUGCCAUUACAGAAGGAAAAACUAUGGUUUCAUCCCUAAUACUGUUAAUUUGAAAAACGGGUCCAUAACAUGUAAUGAUGACAAUGAAGAUGUUGAAACUAGGUACGCCGAUCAAGUGAAUUCAGAGCCCAAGAACCAUCAACCCACUGAAAUACCCACAGAUCAAGUUUCAGAGCCAUUAACAUUCCUUGAAAGUGACAAUGAGCAGCCAACAGAUGGACCAUCUGUAAAUCUUGGUGAUUUUGUCAGCUCAGCUGAAAGAGCCUACAGAUUCCUUGAAACAAAUGACCCAAAUUCAAGAAUUAUAUCAUCUAUUUACAUUUUUUUUGAAAUCGUGGUAAGUGAAAUCUUUCCAAUUACCAAUAUAGGAUUAUUAUUGUUUUUGGACACUGUGGACUAUUACACCGCUCUAUGUGCCAAACAAGUGAGAUACAGAAAGGAAACUAAAUACUUUUGGUUCAUGGGCUUUCGUCUGUUUCAUGGGAAGUUUCUGAGGUAAGACUUCAUUCAUUUUUACUUUUAAUUCUUAUGAUAAUAAAAUAUAACUAGACUUUGGAAAUUGAACAAGUUCAAUUUCAGACUCCAGAUCUAGACUUUUUUAAGCCCAGUCAUCCAGAAUAAGCCGAGUCAUCCAGAAUAAGCCGAGUCAUCCAGAAUAAACUGAGUCAUCCAGAAAAAGAUGGAUGGAUGGAUGGAUGAAAUAGGAAGGAGGGAUAGGAUAGAAUAGGAAGGAACGAUAGGAUAGAAUAGGAAAGGAUGAGAUAGAAUAGAAUAGCAAGGAAUGAUAGAAUAGGAAGGAAAGGAAAGGAUAGGAAGGAUAGAUAAGAAAGAUAGGAUAGGAUAACAUGGGAUAGGAUAGGAAGGAUAGGAUAGAAUAAGAAGGAACGAUAGGAUAGAGGAGGAAAGAAGGAUAGGAUAGAAUAGGAAGGAUAGGAUAGGAAGGAAAAGAUAUGAAGGAAAGAUAGGUAGAAGGAAGGAUAAGAUAGGAAGGAUGGGUGGAAGGAUGGAUGGAUUUUUCAACAUUUUCUUCACUUCUCUUGACUUUCUAUCAGGAUACCAUAAGAUCGAUUUUUCUCGAAAUUUCAAAACGCCAUAACAUAAGUCGGAUCGAAAUUUGGUUUGCAGAUUCAGAUCCCUUAGAAAAUUCUAUCCUUAAUUCAUAACUCAUACGUUAAAUUUAGAGAAGUUUUUAUUUUGACCUACUUUUCAGACACCAUA